CUAUCCAAUCAAACAAAGCCAAAGUUUCUUAACACCAAAGCAGCACAAAAACAGAACAGUGACCAGCUCAGCUCUUGCUUCUUAUUUUUCCCUUACCGUUUUGUGCUUAAACGCAGAAAGAACAGAAGAGAAGAACAAGAAUCAGUCAUUAAAACUCUUCAAUAAAUUUCACACUCCACAACAAUACAACAUCACCAUUCUAAUAUAGAAAAAAAGGAAACACCCAAAACCGUUUUUUUUUUUUUUAAUUUUGUUUUAAGAAAGAAACUCUCCGCUAUUAUCAUUUCUAAUUAUUUUCAUUACGCAAAAACAUUAUUGGAUCCGAUUUACUGACUGUAACUGAAAAGAAUCUUCAGAAAAAAGCACAGCGAUGGCGCUAUCAGGUUCUGAUUUGCCGAUGAUAUACUCGAUGCUAACUAAUUCAAUGAGCGGCGACCAGAGAGUACGCGGACCAGCCGAGACGGCGCUAUCUGAGUUUGAGAGUAGGCCUGGUUUCUGCUCUUGCCUAAUGGAAGUGAUAACUGCAAAAGAUUUAGUAUCUCAAAUCGAUGUUCGCUUGUUAGCUUCGGUUUAUUUCAAGAAUAGUAUCAACCGAUAUUGGAGGAACCGGCGAGAUUCUUCGGGAAUAAGCAGUGAGGAGAAAAACCAUUUGCGACAAAAACUCUUGUCAUAUUUGAGAGAAGAGAAUGAUAAGAUAGCUGUAAUGCUGUCUGUGCUCAUCGCCAAAAUUGCUCGUUUCGAUUAUCCAAAAGAAUGGCCAGAGCUCUUUUCAGUCUUAGCGCACCAGCUUCAGUCAGCAGAUGUUCUCACAUCUCACAGGAUAUUCAUGAUUCUCUUUCGAACCUUGAAAGAAUUGUCCACAAAACGUCUAACUGCAGACCAGAGGAACUUUGCAGAGAUAUCAUCCCACUUCUUUGAUUAUUGCUGGCGCCUAUGGCAGAGUGAUGUGCAGACCAUAUUACAUGGUUUUUCAGCACUUGCUCAAAGCUACAAUCCAAAUGCUCUGGAACAGCAUCAUGACGAGCUUUAUCUAAUUAGUGAAAGAUGGUUGUUGUGUUCAAAGAUUAUACGCCAGCUGAUAGUUUCAGGGUUUCAAAGUGAUGCUAAAAGUGUACAGGAAGUCCGACCAGUGAAGGAGGUCUCUCCUAUGCUCUUAAAUGCCAUUCAGUCAUUGCUUCCAUACUAUUCAUCUUUUCAGAAGGGACGUUCAAAAUUCUUGGAUUUUAUUAAGAGGGCAUGCACGAAGUUGAUGAAGGUUUUAAUUGUAAUUCAGGGCAGGCAUCCUUAUUCAUUUGGUGAUAAAUCCGUCCUUCCACUUGUUGUGGAUUUCUGUUUAAACAAGAUUGCAGAGCCUGAGCCUGAUUUAUUAUCAUUUGAGCAGUUCCUUAUUCAGUGCAUGGUAAUGGUAAAGUGUGUACUUGAAUGUAAGGAAUAUAAGCCAGUUCUUACUGGUCGAGUGAUGGAUGAAAACACAAAUACAUUAGAGCAGGUGAAAAAAAAUAUCUCUCAUGUUGUUGGUGGUGUCCUCACUUCACUUCUCCCGGGUGAACGCUUAGUACAUCUAUGCAACGUAUUAAUAAGGAGGUAUUUUGUUCUAACAGCAAGUGAUUUGGAGGAGUUGUACCAGAACCCUGAAUAUUUUCAUCAUGAGCAAGAUGUGGUUCAGUGGACUGAAAAACUGAGGCCUUGUGCUGAAGCAUUGUACAUUGUAUUGUUUGAAAACCAUAGCCAACUGUUAGGUCCUGUGGUGGUAUCUAUCCUUCGAGAAGCAAUGAAUGGUUGCCCAUCAUCAGUUACUGAUGUCACUUCGGGGUUGCUUCUUAAAGAUGCUGCUUAUGGUGCUGCUGCAUAUGUUUACUAUGAGUUGUCAAACUACCUAAGCUUCAAAGAUUGGUUUAAUGGUGCUUUAUCCCUUGAACUGUCAAAUGAUCAUCCAAAUAUGCGUAUCAUCCAUCGGAAAGUUGCAUUAAUAUUGGGACAAUGGGUUUCUGAGAUUAAAGAUGAAAUAAAAAGACCAGUGUACUGUGGAUUGAUCAGACUGCUACAAGACAAAGAUCUGUCUGUCAAGCUGGCAGCUUGCCGGUCUUUGUGUUUGCAUAUUGAAGACGCAAACUUCUCCGAAAAAGAAUUUGCAGAUCUCCUUCCUAUUUGUUGGGAUUCAUGUUUUAAGCUGAUUGAGGAGGUUCAAGAGUUUGAUUCAAAGGUGCAGGUUUUGAAUUUGAUCUCUGUUUUAAUUGGAUAUGUUAGUGAAGUCAUUCCAUUCGCAAACAAGUUGGUGGAAUUCUUUCAGAAGGUUUGGGAGGAAUCUUCUGGCGAGAGCCUUCUACAGAUUCAGCUUCUAAUUGCUUUGCGGAACUUUGUGGUUGCACUUGGCUAUCAGUCACCCAGUUGCUACAAUGUACUAUUGCCUAUUCUGCAAAGGGGAAUUGAUAUAAAUAACCCAGAUGAACUCAAUCUUCUAGAGGACAUCAUGCUGCUAUGGGAAGCCACGCUCUCACAUGCUCCUGCAAUGGUGCCUCAGCUGUUAGCAUACUUUCCAUGUCUGGUGGAAGUCAUGGAAAGAAGUUUCGAUCACUUGCAGGUUGCAGUAAAUAUACUUGAGAGUUACAUAAUUCUGGGUGGGACUGAAUUUCUAACUGUGCAUGCUUCCACUGUGGCUAAACUUCUUGAUCUGAUUGUUGGAAAUGUCAAUGAUAGAGGCCUACUUUCAAUACUUCCUGGCAUUGAUAUAUUAAUACAGUGUUUCCCAGUAGAAGUGCCACCAUUGAUUAGCAGUACCUUACAAAAAUUAAUUGUUAUAUGUUUGAGCGGAGGAGAUGACCGUGAGCCUUCCAAGACAGCUGUUAAAGUAUCUUCUGCUGCAAUACUGGCUAGGAUUUUAGUGAUGAAUACCAAUUACCUUGGCCAAUUGACAGCAGAACCAUCUCUUCCAUUGCUCCUCCAGCAAGCAGGCAUUCAAAUUGAAGAAAAUAUACUUCUUUGUUUAGUUGACCUAUGGCUUGACAAGGUAGAUAGUGCAUCUUCUAACCAGAGAAAGAUAUUUGGCUUAGCGCUUUCAAUAAUUUUGACACUAAAAUUGCCUCAAGUGCUUGAUAAACUUGAUCAGAUCCUUAGUGUAUGUACAAGUGUUAUUCUGGGUGGAAAUGAUGAUCAAACUGAGGAGGAGUCCAGUGGUGAUAACAUGAGCUCCAGCAUGUCUCAUGGGGAGGACAUUGUUCCAAGCAAAGAGUUCAGAAAAAGACAGAUAAGUUUAGCAGACCCUAUCAACCGACUGUCACUAGAGAACUCGGUGCGUGAGAAUCUUCAAACAUGCGCUACUCUUCAUGGUGAAUGUUUUAGUUCAGCCAUUAGUAGAAUGCAUCCUGCAGCACUAGCACAAUUGAAACAGGCUUUGAAGAUGCCAUAGCUGCAUGCUGCAGAGAUUCUUUUCAGAUCAAGUGAUGAUGUCAUGCUCAUGGCUCUUUCAAUUCUUUUAUUUGUUUCAUGCAUUAAGGGAGAUGUAGGUGUGGUGAUGCUUUGGUGACUUAGCUGGUGGUUUCCACAUUCUUGGUUAGGAUUUUUGUUUCUUUUUCUUUGAUUGUUAUUGAGAGGGGAAAAACAAAGAGUGGGCAAGUUCUUCUUUUACUUUUCUUUUUUCCGGAAAUCAUUUGUAUAUGCCCUUAUCGGCAAAAUGAGAUUUCUGUAAAUAGUUUGCUGGCCCUUUCUUGCCUACUUAUUCAGGCAUAACGGCCGCAGGGUUUUAAUUAAUUAUAGGUUUUUGUCAUUACUCACAAAUGAAAUUAAAAAAAAAAAAAGAAAAUGUUAUAGAGGA